AUGACAUCGAAACCUUGGCCUCAAUUUAACGAAACUUGUGGAUAUUUGACAAAAAAAGGUUUUUUGUUAGAAGGAUAUAUGGGUAAAUAUUUCUCGCAAUGGCUGUAUAAAGAAGAUGUUUUGUCUAAGAAAUGUCCACUGGAAGAAGAAUUUUAUGUAUAUGCAAAUGCAAUUCAAAGAACUUUGUUUUCAGCUAAAGCUUUUGUUAAUAGUGCAUUUCCAAACUGUAACAUAACAGUACAUCAUGUAGAUAAAGACAAACCAGACCCUAUUUUCAGUCCAUACAUUCAUAAUUCCUCUGCCAUUUUUAAAAAAAUUGCCCUAGACGAAAUGAAAAAUGUUUUAAAUAAAUUAAAAUUAGAUCUGUCUUACAAAAUUAUGGAAGAUAUCCUCGACUAUAAAAAUUCGGAUUUUUGUAAAUUAAAUAACAAUUGUAAUAUGGCUGCCGAUGAAAAUAAAUUAGAUAUAACCGUUGGUAAAAAGCCAAAAUUAUCGGGACCUUUAAAAAUUUGUAACGAAGCAGUUGAUGAAUUUAUGAUGGCAUAUUAUGAUGGAUUUCCUAUGACAGAAGUUGCUUGGGGUAGAUUAAAUGAUACAGAACAAUGGCGACCUAUUUUAGACCUUACCGCAAGUUACCAUAACGUCACUUUUAACACAACUCACGUUGCAAACGAUUUAGCAAGACCGCUAAUACAAUACAUGGCUGAUAAAUUCAUAAAUAAAACAUCAAAAAUAAUUUUAUUAAUGGGUCAUGAUGCAAAUAUAAAUGUUUUCUUAAAGGCAAUGUCUUUUAAGUUUUACAGUUUAGAAGAUAGCUUUGUUUCUACACCCAUUGGGGGGAAAAUUGUUUUUCAGAAAUGGUACAAUGAAAAUUUAAACAAAUAUUAUCUUAAAAUUAAUUAUGUCUAUCAAAGUGAUGAGCAACUUAGGGAGGGUCAUGCGCUGUCACUUAAAAACCCCCCAAAAUCUACUUUGUUAGAAUUAAAAUAUUGUAAAGUUGAUGAAAAUGGUUUUUGUCCGUGGGAUGAGUUCAUUGAAUUCUUAAAUUCUCUGAUUUAAAACAUUAAAAUUUAGUCAUAUUUUUUUAAACAUUGUACCUACAGAGUAGACUAUUGGAAACAAGCUUAUGUAUGUACAUCAUUUAUGUAUAUCAAUCCACUGUUACCUAAGUUGCUUACCUUAGGAACAGAUGGACUGUCUGUGUAU